GGAGUACGAACGUAACAGCCUGUUAGAGUUUUUCUUUCGUCAAUAUUGGUGCUAUCGUUUCGUCAUAGUCACCUAUUUAAUUCUCAUAUCCGUUAAUUAUGCAUUAGCUUAUUCCCAACUUUUGGAUUUGUUUUGAAAUUCAUUCUUUAUAAGUAAUGCAUAUUUUUGAUUAGUAUCUCAUUAGUAUCUCAUUCGUCGAAUUGAACAUUUAAAUCUGAAAUCUAGUUCGUAGUUCGUAUAAUCUAUCUUAUUAUAACUUCGUAUAAUCUAUAUAUUUAUGCUGAGAUUUGCAUGGUUUAUAAGUUUCUAAUUCCAUUUUGUAAUCUCUCCGUAAUAAUCAUAACAUUUUGUUCAUAAUUGAAUACUGAGGACCUAAAUGAGAAUCUCCAUUCACUAUAAAACAAAGUACGCGAGGUGAAUUAUACCUGAUUUAUUUUGUCCUAUAUAAUAGUUAGUACUUAGUGGGGACACUCAUAAGUUUCUUGCUCUAUUAAAUACCUCACACUUUUAUCUUAUUGGUGGCCCCAUUAUUACAGUCAGAGGCCAGUGUGGUAAUUAACAGUUGGUCCUUAGAGCAGUACUGAAGAUAUUUAUUUUCCAUCUCCAGAUCCAAUUAACAAUAAUAAUAAACCUAAAUUUCUAGAUUAACAGAUUAACGGAUAAUCUCACGUAACAGGCUAUCAAACCUUGAGGUUUCUACCUAUUUAUGCACUGAACCAUUCUACAUUUCCCAAAGAUCACAUACUCUACCUGCUGAUUGCUCAGACAUCAUACAAAAUAACCAUUCAUUUUUUAGAAAACCCCAUAAGAUCAAGUUCAAGCACUUGACAGUAGUAUCCAAGGUGUCCACCAACGUAGGCGGAAUUAGUCACGUGAUCAAACACCGGCUCCUCAUUGGCUGUCUCACCACUGUAGGCCACGCAAUAGGUCUUUCCCACCUUGCCAGCAUUAUGCUUGUUAACGUUGAGCGGUAUAUUAUCACGCUAGCACGUCCGAAUACACGCACUGUUGGCACACACUCGCUCAGUACACUAUAUUAUAGUUCUCUGAUAAGAUAUUACCUUGUGUUUUUGAAGACCGUGUGUACUCAUCAAGUUUUCAGUUAUGUGUAAUGACGACCACGCUUAUUCUAUCUAUAUUGUCUCUUGUCAGCCUGACAUCCUCUUUCACACAGUCCACCAACCUACCAGUUUGCUCGCCACCGCCACAAGAUGAUUCCCCGACUAUUCAGUGUAACUUCUGCCACCUUGCCUUCAGAAACCCUACUGACCCUGACCCUUGCUCCAGUUUUACCAGAAGUUUAGACCUGAGAAGCCAGUACUCCAAAACACGACACAGAACCAGAACAGCGGGGGCAGAUGAAGAUAAACAGAUCCCUUCACUAAAGAUAACAGAAGAACCUCCCAACUCUGUGGAUGUCAUGGAAGGAGAAUCAGCUGUUAUAACUUGUAGAGCAAAGAGUGAGAAUACUGAGAAUAUUGGGUACAGUUGGGAAUAUGCCAACUCUGACAGAGUCAUUGAGGAAAUACCAAAAGGAGUAGAGACCCAAGGAAAUAAACUGUCCAUCGGUAACAUGACACAGGAACAUUCUGGCUGGUACCAGUGUUCCGCUAGUGACGGCAGCAACCGGGCUCUCUCCAGGAAAACUAAGCUUAACCUAGUUUAUUUUAACGACACGUUUGAGGACGAGCCUGAGAGUAUGACAGUACCCAGUGGGACCCUAAUUGUGACACUCACCUGUAGCCCACCAAACUCCUACCCUCCGGCUAUUGUCACGUGGUUCAAGGACGGACGGGAACUAAAAGCAGAGAACGCACUGAGAAUACCAACAGGGUCACUGGCAAUACACCACGUGACUGAGGACAAUGAUGGACUUUACCAUUGUGAAGCUAAAAACGAACUGCUCGAUGUUAAAGCGGCCAGCAAGAAAGUUACCCUUUCUAUUAUUACACCAGCAAUAACCCCAAAACCCCACCUGCCUGAGAAGAUGUGGGGAGAUACGGAGAUCUACACGACAGAAGGAGAAACAAUAGACAUUACAUGUGGGGUAUACGGGGAGGACCAGCCCAACAUCAUGUGGUACAAGGGAACUAACCAGAAGAUUACUGAUAACCUCGUGUCUUUCUCUCGCUUCUCUAUCAGCGACGACCAGUACAAGCUGACGAUAGAGAAUGUGAAGAUGUCAGAUGCGGCGACCUAUAUUUGUGUUUCCAGCAACUCUGUAGGCCCCGACAAAGUGCCCAGCAACACCAUACUUUGGGUCAUAUCCGAGUUAAGGUACACAAAACCGCUGACAGACAGAGUGCUGGUGAAGCAGGAUAACUUUGAGUUGAAGUGCGAGGUUACUAGUAACCCUCCAGUUACUAUUGAGUGGUUCGCAGACGGUCAGAAACUCGUACGACAAAACAAUCACGUGGAUUGGGGCACUACAAUAGACAAAAUAGACGGAGGAGAGUUCGCAACUAAAAGCACACUCUACGUCACCAAAUCAGUGGUUGAUGAUACCGGGCUGUAUCAGUGUUUUGCCUUCAACCAACACCAAACUGCCAUGACCAGCGGCAGCGUCUUCAUCAGCUCUGUGUUAGAGUUUGAAGAGGCUCACUUCAUAACCUCUGAUAAAAUGUACGUGGAGGACGGGAAUGAGGGUUUCGUGAAGUGUGGAGCUCAGGGGUCCCCCAAACCCCAGGUUCAGUGGGUCGGACUGGAUAGGAAGUAUACUAAUACUGGUUCUACUUCUGAGGGAACGAAAGGUUUAUCCUCGACAGUGGAACUAAGUUUCCCAAUAGGCCCCCUUUUUCUGAAUGAGUCAGGGAAGCACGUCUUCACGUGUCUAGCCAGCAACCAACACCGUGGAGUGGAAUAUUCUAAGAUAAGAGAAAUAGAGGUGAUAGUGGGCUACCCGGCUCAGUGGGUAAAUGGAACCUGGCCGGUAGUGGAGACCGCUAAAGGGGAGUCGGCGGUGCUCGCUUGCCAGUUCUCUGGGAUCCCCAAACCUGUUGUCAGUUGGAAGAGAAACGGAGUUAGCUUACCGAUAGUUGACGAUAAGGGGAACUCCAACCACGUGCUUCAAAAAGACGGAGCACUCCUGGUAGCAUCAGCAGCAAACAGUGACCAUACCAUGUUUACUUGUGUAGGAACUAACGGCUUCAACAGUGCCCCCAAAGAUAUUCAGCUCAUUGUUGCCUCGGGGGUAAUGUCUGUGGCUGCAGCAUCAGGAUUGGGUAUUGGAAUCAUCCUCCUAAUCUGCUUCAUUCUGCUGAUCAUGAUCCUGCUGUAUCGUUAUCAGCGCAGAAAGAAGAAAGUGGAUGUUGCUGUCAGUCAUAAUGGAAAUGGUAUAGACUCAGUGUACGCCAAUAGUAAAGCUGCAGAGUUACUUAAAGAAGAGGAAGAAGCUAAGCGUCUAGCAGAAGAACAGCGACGUCGAGAGGAAGAAAAGAAGAGAGAGGAGGUAGAAAGACGGCGUCGUGAGGAAGAAGAGGCCGAGAGAAUAAGGCGGGAAGCUGAGGAAGCAGAAAGAUUGAGGCAAGAAGAGGAAGAGAGAUUGCGUUUAGAGGCAGAGAAGGAGAAAUUGCGUUUAGAGGCAGAGGCAAAAGCACGACGUGACGAAGAAGAAAAGGAUAUGCUUGAAGCUGAGAUACUGGCCAGACGAGAAGCUGAAGCAGCAGAAGCUGAGCGCCUAAGAUUAGAAGAAGAAGAAAAGGCACGACUAGAAGCCGAAGAAGCUGAACGUUUGAGGCUAGAAGAAGAAGAAAAGGCCAGAUUAGAAGCCGAAGAAGCUGAACGUUUGAGAAGAAGAAGAAGAAAAGUCAGAUUAGAAGCCGAAGAAGCUGAACGAUUAAGAUUAAAAGAAGAAGAAAAAGCACGACUUGAAGCAGAGGAAAAGGCACGUCUUGAAGCCGAAGAAGCUGAACGUUUGAGGCUAGAAGAAGAAGAAAAGGCCAGAUUAGAAGCCGAAGAAGCUAAACGUCUGAGUUUAGAGGAAGAAGAAAACGCCCGAUUAGAAGCCGAAGAAGCUGAACGAUUGAGAUUAGAAGAAGAAGAGAAGGCCCGAUUAGAAGCCGAAGAAAAGACCCGCCUCGAGGCCGAAGAAGCUGAACGUUUGAGAUUAGAGGAAGAAGAAAAGGCCCGAUUAGAAGCCGAAGAAGCUGAACGAUUGAGAUUAGAAGAAGAAGAGAAGGCCCGAUUAGAAGCCGAAGAAAAGGCUCGCCUUGAGGCCGAAGAAGCUGAACGUUUACGGUUAGAAGAAGAAGGAAAGGCCCGAGUAGAAGCUGAAGAAACAGCCAGACUUGGAGCUGAAGAAGCUGAACGUUUAAAGCUAGAGAGAGAAGAGCAAGCCCGUCUAGUAGCUGAGGAAAAGGUUCGUUUAGAAGCUGAAGAAAAGGCUCGUUUAGAAGCUGAAGAAGCAGAACGUUUAAGGUUGGAGGAGGAAGAGAGACUUCGAAAAGAAGAAGAAGAAAGAUUAAGAUUAGAAGCAGAAGAAAAAGCUAGAUUAGAGGCCGAGGAAAAGGCCAGGUUAGAAGCCGAAGAGAAAGCCAGAUUAGAAGCCGAAGAAAAUGCUCGAUUAGAAGCCGAGGAGAGGGCUAGACUCGAGGCCGAAGAGAAAGCGAGACUAGAAGCGGAGGCAAUACAACGGAUAGCUGUUGAGAAGGCUAGGAUGGAAGCGGAAGAAGCUGAAAGGCUUCAAAUGGAGGAGAAUCGACUAAAAGAAGAGGAGGAGAGAAUCCUCAUGAUGCAACGAAAAGAACAGGAGGAAAGACUCAGACGGGAAGAAGAUGAGCGGCAAGCUCGCGAAGCAUUCGAGCAGGAAGAAGAAGCAGAAGCAGAAAGGAAAGCGGCAGAGAAGGAGGCAGCUCGAGAAGAAGCACAACGAAAACUUGAUGAAGACACCGCUAGAGCGAGAGCAGAGGAAGAAGCUGCUCUCAGAAAACAGAAGGAUAUCCAUAAUAGAAAUCAGGAACUUGCUGAGAAAGAGUUUAGGGCUGCCAAGGCUGCCGAGGUUCAAGCUGAGCAAUCUGUUCAAGAAUCAAAGAGUGACCGAGAACUGGAGAUAGCCAACAGGAUGAGAGACGGAGCUCUGGUGCGAGCUCAAAGAGCCACCAUCAACAAGGAUCUGGCAGAUGCUACUGUUACUAGAGAUGUGAAGAAACUUAAACCGAUGAUCAGCAAGGCUGAGAAGAAACGAGUCAACGGGACGGAAAACUACCUUCUCCAGGCCAAGAAACUGUACGAGCAAUUACAGGCUGCCACACAGUUACAGGGCGCUACAUUUGACAGGAGAAUAGCCGACAUCGAGUCUGCCAUACAUGCUAUAAAGAAGGGAGGAUUUGAGACUCUCUUGGCUGUGGAACUGCUAGAAGCUCAGGUGUUACUAAAGAAGCUGAAGAGGAUUCAGAAGGCAGCAUUGGAGGUAGCUAAACUGUCCCAACAGACUAUAGCUAUUAUGAAGAGUUACAACAAGCCACCAGAUGUCGUCACUCAGGUGAUGAGGUCAGUCUUCCUGUUGCUAGGAAACAAGUCAAGCGAGUUACAGACUUGGCCCGAUAUCCUGAUACAGCUGAACAAGAUCGGGAAAAUAAACACUAAAAGAAGGAUCCAGUGCUGUGUCCCAGAGGACAUUGACUACAGUGCUGCUCAGAAGGUUGAGCUGAUACUGUGUAAGUACGAUGAAGAGUUGGUGUUCGACACAACGCAAGCUUUGGGUGUCUUCUACAAUUGGGCUGAAUGCAUUGCGGACGAAAGGUUGGCAUUACCAGUAAAGAUAACCGAGAAGAACAAAUCUAGCGGUUUAUUCGGAGCAGCAAGACCACCUCCACUACAAGAAGGAGGGAUAGUCGCUUCAGGGACUCCUCCCACUAAAAAGAAGAAAUUCAAACCUCCACCAGAUACUGCCGGCUCUAAAGGGAAGAAAGAGGGGAAGAAAAAGAAAAAGUCUGCAGUUGCUGCAAACGGUAGUAUCAGCCAGUCAAAUCUGCCACCCCCUCCGAAAUUCCUUUUUAAUGGUGAUCGGUGACAGUCGUGUCUAGUAUCUAGGUUUUAUAUCGACCAGUUUUGUGAUGAUUUUAUCGUUUCGCCAAGAAGGUAGAUGAAUAAGAGAUGUAUUGACGAUCAGUUUUCAGAAUUAUAGGUGAAACAUGCACAUCACGCUGCAAAUUAAGUGCAAUAUUUGUGUGCUUUGCUGGAAACAAAGCCAUUUCAAGGACUUGAUUUCGAUCUUCUCUCCACUGAUUUGAUGAAAAGCUGCGUGAUGUUUUGAUAAUUGAAUUGUGUUGCAUGUUCUGAACACUCCCAGCACUGUACAGCCGUCUGUACUGAAGAGACUAUAAACUUAACGCAUUUGACUUUUGUACAAACUUUUUAUGUAUGGUAUGAUUUUUUGAUACUUUCUUAAUUUAUUUUAAAAUUCUGUUUUCUAUUUUAAAAGUUGGCAGAUUAAGCUACAUAU